ACCCCUUUCCCUCCUUUCUGUGUGUUCCACUCCACUCUUCCUUUGUCUCCUUCUACUUCCGUUCUCCACUGUCACAUUGGUUCUUCACUCCCCACGCCAUGAAAAUCACGCUCAAACUAUAAUCCUUAGCUAUUCUCUCUCUACAAACUUCCAUUCAUGGCUAUGUCUUCUCCUCUCCAUUUACCCGAACUCCAUUUUCUCUCUCCUCAAAUCACCCACAAACGCCGUAUUUCUCUCUCCAAACUCCCCUCCUCAGCUUAUUCCUUUUCCCGCCACGCCGCCUCCAACGUCACUCUCCGCGCCGCGCGAAUCCGCGCCUCCAGAGAUGAUUCAGCGUUGGCUGAGCGAGUGGAUGAUGUCAAAUGGAGCGGAAACGGCGUUCCUGCCGCUAAUGGAAGGGAUCGAGAUGUUGCCGGCGGCAAUGGCACCGUCGAGGGAUUCGCUAACGGCGCCAGUAAUGGGAGCUUGGUGACGUACGGUUACGAAAAUCAAAACGGAGUUGCUACGGAGGUGGUGGUGGAGAUUGAAGCGUCGAAGCUGAACGAGGAUGGGAGGAAGAAAAGGUUGGAGGAGAUUGGGAAAGAAGACGCGUGGUUUAAACAGACCGGGAGCGAACAAGUCGAGGUUGCAGUUGCGCCUGGGGGUCGUUGGAGCAGGUUCAAGACUUACUCUACAAUACAAAGAACUUUGGAAAUUUGGGGAUUUGUUGCCACGUUCGUUUUUAAGGCUUGGCUGGACAGCCAGAAGUUCUCUUACAAAGGAGGAAUGACUGAGGAAAAACAAACCUUAAGGCGGAAGGCCCUUGCUAAAUGGCUGAAGGAAAGCAUCCUGAGAUUAGGUCCUACAUUCAUCAAAAUUGGCCAGCAGUUCUCUACGAGAGUGGACAUUCUUCCUCAAGAAUAUGUUGACCAGUUGUCCGAACUUCAGGAUCAAGUUCCUCCAUUCCCUUCAGAGACCUCUGUAGCUAUUGUUGAAGACGAGCUUGGAUCUCCUAUAGGUGAUAUAUUUGAUCAGUUUGACUAUGAACCAAUAGCUGCUGCAAGUCUUGGUCAGGUUCAUCGUGCAAGAUUAAAGGGACAGGAGGUUGUUAUUAAAGUGCAAAGGCCUGGUCUCAAGGAUCUUUUUGAUAUUGAUCUUAAAAACUUGAGGGUUAUUGCUGAAUAUCUUCAAAAGCUUGAUCCAAAAUCAGAUGGUGCAAAGAGGGAUUGGGUUGCUAUUUAUGAUGAGUGUGCCUCUGUCUUAUAUGAGGAGAUUGAUUACACAAAGGAGGCUGCUAAUGCAGAAUUGUUUGCUAGUAACUUUAAGAACAUGGAUUAUGUGAAAGUUCCUACAAUAUACUGGGAUUAUACAACACCACAGAUUCUGACAAUGGAAUAUGUUCCAGGAAUUAAAAUAAACAAAAUACAAGCUUUAGAUCAAUUGGGUGUUGACCGCAAAAGGAUAGGAAGAUAUGCCGUUGAGUCAUACUUGGAACAAAUUUUAUCACAUGGUUUCUUCCAUGCCGACCCCCAUCCUGGAAAUAUUGCAGUUGAUGAUGUCAAUGGUGGAAGAUUGAUCUUCUAUGAUUUUGGAAUGAUGGGGAGUAUCAGUCCAAAUAUUCGAGAAGGUUUGCUUGAAACAUUUUAUGGGGUUUAUGAGAAAGAUCCAGACAAGGUUCUACAAGCAAUGAUUCAAAUGGGAGUUCUUGUCCCUACCGGAGAUAUGACUGCUGUUAGAAGAACAGCACAAUUUUUCCUUAACAGUUUUGAAGAGCGCCUGGCUGCACAAAGGCGUGAGAGAGAAGAAGCAACAACUGAACUUGGAUUCAAAAAACCAUUAAGCAAGGAGGAAAAAAUUAAGAAGAAGAAACAACGUCUGGCUGCUAUUGGUGAAGAUUUAUUAUCUAUUGCAGCAGACCAGCCAUUCCGAUUUCCUGCUACAUUUACAUUUGUUGUUAGAGCCUUCUCAGUGUUGGAUGGCAUUGGAAAGGGGCUUGACCCACGCUUUGACAUUACUGAGAUUGCCAAACCUUACGCUCUUGAGUUGCUGAGGUUUCGUGAAGCUGGGGUUGAGGUUGUCCUGAAGGACUUCAGGAAGAGAUGGGAUAGACAAUCUCAAGCAUUUUACAACUUGUUUAGACAGGCUGAUAGAAUUGACAAGCUUGCUGAAAUUAUCCAAAGACUGGAGCAAGGUGAUCUAAAGCUCCGAGUUAGAACUUUGGAAUCUGAGAGGGCAUUCCAACGUGUUGCUGCAGUCCAGAAGACUAUAGGGAAUGCAGUGGCUGCUGGGAGCCUAAUCAAUCUUGCAACUGUUUUGUAUCUCAAUUCAAUUCGUAUGCCUGCCAUUGUAGCAUAUAUCUUCUGUGCAAUCUUUGCUUUUCAAGUGCUCUUUGGCAUUGUAAAGGUCAAGAAGCUAGAUGAACGGGAACGAUUGAUAACAGGAACUGCAUAAGCAGCUAGAUGAUUAACGACCGAGAAAUAGCACAUGUUCAUUCAUGGUUACAACUCAACAACCAGAGCAUGAAAGAUGAAAUGAUCCGGGAGAUGAUAGAAAGCAAUACCCAAUAUUUCGAAAGAGUUUCAGUAAGUACACAAAUUUGAAUUAGCAAGCGAUGGGGUGUAACUCUACCUAAAUUGACAAGGCUCUUAACCAGGAAGUACUUUAAGGAAGAAGAGCACCUGUUAAUUAACAGCGAGUGCGAUUAAGUAGAGAAAUUUCAUAAGUACUUAGAGCCACAUUUUUGUCAUUACACCCAAUCUCACUCCCAAAAUAAAAAUAAUAAUUUCAUGUAAUAGCCGUAUAGUAACUUGUAUAGGCAUGAUAAAGAAUUUGCAUAUACACAGUUACAUUGCACUCCCGAAUUGAACCGAAAUUUGUCAAAGUUUAGCUAUUGUCUAUAUAGCAUGACUGUUGUAAUAACUAUAGUGUAUGAUGCAGCUUCCAACAAAAGUUGAAGAGGAAGGUUUGCCAGAAAUUUUUCUUCCAUGGAUUUAUUUCAAUGAAAAAUGUCUGCAUGUGUCA